UAAAACGUACUUGUAAUUUAUUUUCUUAUAUUUGUACAAUGUAAUAUAAGCACAGAAGAGAAGCUGAGUAACCCUAGAAGAAGAAUCAAUCGCACAUCACUUUUGCCAUAAUAGCUGUCUCUCCAAUUCCUGUACAGAAGAAAAAAUAAAGUGAAUUCUUCUUCUCCUGAUACGUAUUUACCUGACACUAUUAUAACCAUCAUCGCCUUGUUGGAUAGUUGGUUGAAGGUAAUCGGAAUCAUUCAAAUUAGUCGAAUUAAACCCUAAAUUGUCGAUGGGUAGAAAGAAGCCGAGUGCGCGUGGUGGCGACGAGGAUAACCCACCUGCGGCAUCGCAGGGCGGCGCGAAAUCCAAAAAGAAGGCGCUUGUCAUUGAUGAUGACGAGUAUUCUAUAGGUACCGAGUUAUCGGAGGAAUCAAAAAUUGAGGAAGAGAAGGUUGCCGUAGCAGGGAAGAAGAAAGGUAAGAAAGGUUCAAGUCGAAAAGAAGAUGAAGACAUAGAGAAGGCUGUGGAGGAAGAGGAGGAUGUUCCGGAGAUUGUCUUGACAGGGAAGAAGUCCAGAUCAAAAAAGAGUGGGGGUGGUAGUGUGUUCAGUGCAUCAAGUUUUGGAUUGCUUGAUGAGGAUGGGAAGGAUGAUGGUGGUGAUGAUGGGGAUGAUCAAUCUGGGUUAACAGGUGGGGAAAACAGUGAGGAAGAUGAAGAACAGGUGGUUAGCUUUUUGGGUAAAAAGAAGGCGUCAAAGAAGGGUAAGAAGGUU